UCACAAAAAUCAUUUGUUAUCUUCCUGAACGGUUAGAUGAAGAUGGAGGAGCCAAGAGGGAUAGUGACAGUUACACCACCGAGAAAGAUAUUGAGAAAUGCAUUAGCCAUCCAUGAUGAGAUCGAUGGCGUUGAGUGUGCCGAAGUUAGUAACCUUUCUCUAUUGGCACCACCUUCGGAACUGUUCCAGGAUGAACUCAAGGCCAUUUUGCAAGUUGAGAGUCAGCAUUACAAACCACCACUGAAUUACUUUGAAUUUGAUGGGUGCCGAAGUGGUGUGAAUGAAAACUGGAGAAGACGUCUUUGUGAAUGGAUGUUUGAAGUUACAGAUCACUACGAUUUCGACCGGGAAGUUGUCUCUUUUGCCUUCGAUUAUCUUGAUAGGAGCAUCUCUUUGGCAUACGGACCAACAUCGAACAAGAAUCUUUCGAAGAAAGACUACCAACUUUAUGCGGUGACAUCACUCUACCUCGCAAUGAAAGUUCACGGGGAAAUGGAUUCGGAUGUGGAUGGGAAGCGAAUCAAGCUAAGAAUUUCAGCCUUUCAAGAGCUAAGUAGAGGAUGCUUCACAACAGAGACCAUCGCAGCGAAAGAACUUGAGCUCCUGACUCUCUUCAAGUGGCACAUCAAUCCACCGACUUGUGCCCGAUGCAUAUUUUCAUUCCUUCGACUUCUCCCAACGUGGUCAUCGAUGGAAUGGGACAUUCCACGAGAGGAUGUUGUCUGUCAGAUCUUUGACGUCGCAAAGUAUCUUACAGAACUAUCCAUCUUUGUCUCAGACUUCAGUUUCAGUUACAGCCCAUCAAUGAUUUCUUACAGCGCCAUUCUCUGCGCCCUAGAUUAUGUUGAAGAAUCCAUCAAGCCGAUGCCAUUUGAGACCAAGAUUCGAUUUCUUGUGAGCAUCAGACAAAUAUCAAAUGCCUUCUUUCCAGAGUCUGAAGACGUUCGAAAACUUCAAGUAAUGCUCAGAAAGCUUGCUCCCAAAAUGUUUUUGAAACUUCAUAAAUAUCACCAGCUACCAAGGACUGUUAGUCUCAACGACGUUGACCCUGCUAACUCUGUACUUGGAAAAACUUCGCGAUCGAUUUCACCAAUCGUCCUGGGCGGAGACGAACCGAAAACGAAACGCCAGAAAGUUUAGAACAAGAGGGACCGACGAACGGUCGCUUUGUUMUUCUCUACAGACUUUUAUACAAUUCAAGGAAAAGGCAGGGUACAAGGCGCAAAAAGAUAUAGACAGGCCUUUURUAUAUAAAAAAUUCCCAUAAGGGGUAUGGGAGCGCUACCUCUCCUUGCGACUAAUGCUUCUAACGAUAGAUAAUAAUUUUAGCUAAUAAAA